AUGUUCAUCUUUCUCUCUACAUCCCCACAUUUCCAAGCAAAGACUGACGUGGUCUAUGUGCAGGGCCACGAAGGCUGCGGCGAAAUCGUCGGCAUCGGACCCGAAGUAACAGAUGCCCGGUUCGAAAUCGGAGGAAAAGUCGCCCUCCUCGCCGUCCCCGGCUGCGGCCUGGAUACAUGCUCCGAGUGCUCACGGGACCUCGCCCAGCUCUGUCCAAAUGGUAUGCACCACGGAAUCGGACAGGAUGGAUUUUAUGCCGAGUACGUGGCAAUCGAUGUUCGAGGCGCUGUGCCGCUGCCUGAUGGAGUCACUCCACAAGUCGGCGCAAUAGCAACCGACGCCGUAACAACCGCGUACCACGGAAUCGUCCGCCGCGCCCAAGUCCAGAAAGCCGAAACCGUCUUUCUCUUUGGACUGGGCGGGCUCGGCUUCAACGCCCUCCAAAUCGUCCACAGCCACAUUGGCGCGCGCGUCCUCGUCUCGGACCUGCGCCCUGAGAAACUCGACGCCGCACGGGCAUUGGGGGUCCCCGAAUGCGAUAUCGUGCCCCCGGGAGUCUCCAUCCCCGAGUUUAUUGCGGAGAAAGGGAUCGAGAUUGACACCGUGCUUGAAUUCGUCGGUGCGGCGCAGACGUUUGCCGAUGCGCAGCGGAUCGUCCGGCCUGGGGGGAAGAUAUUGUGUAUUGGGACUGGGGAGCGGGUGAAUAAGUUGGAUAUGAAGAAUGGGAUCCGGAAGAGGUUGAGUUUUGUGUUUUCGUAUGGGGGGCAGUAUAAGGAUCUCGAGGAGGUUCUUGGGCUUAUUGCUCGCGGGGUUAUUGAGCCGAGAGUUAAGACGGGGAAAUUGGUUGAUUUUCCAAGAUACUUGAGGGAGCUUGGGGAGGGAGUCGUUGAGGACAGGGUUGCGCUUGUUCCUUAG